AUGCUGUACAUUUCGAACUUCACCAAUGACAGGAUUGGCCAAAAGCGGGCUGGAGAUAAUAAUCGCAAUCGAGACAAAUCGUGCAAGCCUGAGGCUGUGAUGGAAAGAUAUGAUCCCGGCGUCCGGAACUCGCUAGCCGGCGGUCCGUGGCAUUCCGGCCUUAAUGUUGACGCGUUGACGUUGUUUCCCAGUCAAGUUUCAAUUAUCUUGAGACACUUUUAUCACACUCUGCUAACCUCCAAGGCUUUUCAAGCAUGAUAAGGAAUCAACAUUUACCAAGCGAUACAGGAAACACACGCGGUGCUCGGACGUGGAAAGUUGAUCGAAAACUGAAAGUUCACCGGAGAAGACGCGAGCACUGCGAUUAAUUCAGUAAGAAAGAGAAUCUCAUGAAGUAGACAACGCCGUUGUACAUCUGCUAGUACCCCAAAUCUCUUGAGUGAAAUUUGACAGAGAGAUUGGCGCACAUAUCACUGGCACUUGUUCAGGUCGUAUUCCAGUGCAACCUCACGGCUGCAUUUCUGUGACUCUUUCAGCAGAGCCCGAACCAUUCAAGCGCCGAAAAGUCAUUGUCACAGUUGAAAAUUUUCUAGUAACCUAUCGCCAUGGAUGUUCUAUUUGGAUGUUAUGCUGCUCAGCUUUAAAAUUCAGUAUACUGCUUCUUUCUUUGAAAAGGUG